UCGUCCUCCACACCUUCCUGUUAUCUUAUCGCGACUUCUUCUCUCCUCUAUUAUUCUCCGUAUAACACUCUAAAACACUCUGAACAACCUAUGGCCCUCGCCCUGGACCUCCUCGCCGCUCCCGGCAUCGCCCGCAGGUCCGGCGCCGACUCCUCCAUCGACUCCAGUCCGCGCUCGGCCCCCUCCCCGCCUCCGCUCAAAGACCUCCUCCGUUUCGAGCCCGCUGCUGAUCUUCGCGAUGAUCCCGCCGCUCUGCUGCCGGCGGACGCUCCUCUGAUCGCCUCUGACCCGCCCGUAUACGCGCUCUCCGCCGCAAUCCUCGCCGUCGCCCUCGAUCGCCGCGCCCACGAGCCCUUGCCGUCGCCCGGCCACGUCUUUCCCUGGCUCCACGGCCUCAACCCUUCAAACGCCUACCAGCUCGCCUUCCUCGACCCGUCCGGCGUCCACGCGCAUCCGUACACUCCCUCCCGCUUCCGCAACAUCACCCUCGUCAAGCUCGGCUCUCUCGGCGCAGCCCGUCUCGUCGGCACCGUCUCCCACCACGAGUUCCUCCCCGACCCCCCCACCCAAGGCUUUCUCUCCCUCGACCCUCCCCACGGCGUCGGCCUCCGCAACUUCCACAUCCAAGUCGCAAAGACCGCUACUCUCUCUGAUAUUGUCGUCUACUCCAAGCGCGGCCUGCCCACCGACGGCCUUGUCGCCCUCGCCAAACGCAUCUCCGCAGCGCAGAUCCACCACCGCUCACUCGUCCCCACCGCCCCCGUCUGCCGCACCUUCAUCGUCUCGGACCCGUUCGAGGUCUUUGAGCGCUUGUAUCCGCACCUCGUCGCCGUCUCGUCCUCCGGUAGAACCUACGAGCACGCGCGCGACUUCCUCACCCUCGAGCGUCUCGAGAUGAACUCGAUGUCGGCCGCCUCUGAGGUCACCCCUAAUUUCUACCUUGGCAACGCCCACGACACCCAGCUCGAGAUCGACGACGGCGACCUGUUUGACAACCUCGACGACCUCGACGAUGAUGACGACGAGCGGAUGAGCGAUGCCUCGGUCUCCAGAUGGGAUAUCUACGUCGAGUGCAUGGCCGCCGCCACCAUCCCCUCGCCCCUACUCCUCCAGAGCAUCGAUAAGGAGUACUUUGAACCCGCCCCCUCCGGAUUCUGCAUUUCCAUCAACAGCAACAGAUCCAAGCCUGCUGAUUCUGCCGAUGCCGCAUUCACUUCCUCCUCCGCUCCUGCUUCCUCCUCCGUCCUCUCCUCCGUCUCGUCGUCCGGCUCCGCCUCUGCCUCCUCCUCGUCCUCCUCGACCGCCGCCGGCGCAAGCACGACCCUCACCUCCACCGCCACCGCCGUCGCCCACAUAGAAUUCCCCUCGUCAGGCUCGCUCGCGCUCGGCAACCUCACCGACCGCGACAUCGAGGCCAUCGUCGACUUUUGCGAAUGGCUCUAUCGCCACGCGGCGGUCGAGAACCACCGCGUGCUGCUCUACUGCGUCGACGGAUACACAGAGACCUCGCUCCUCGGCCUCGCAUAUCUCAUGUACUCGACCGGCUGUACCGCGCCCCAGACAUACAUCGACCUGCACAAGAAAUACAACCGCGCGUUCUUCACCUUCCCCGCCGACCUCGUCCUGCUCAACCACCUGCAGACGCGCCUGCUCCUGCGCUCGCCCGUCGCCAACCCGAUCCAGAACGGCGUCAUGCCGGAUCUGCCAGAGUGGUUCGUCACCAUGGACGGCUCGCUUCCGUCAAAGAUCUUUCCGCACAUGUAUCUCGGCAAUCUCGGGCACGCAAACAACUACGGUCUGCUGCGCGAGCUCGGUAUUAAGCGUGUGCUGAGCGUGGGAGAGUCGAUUGAUUGGUGCACGAUAGAAGGCGACGAGGAGUGCAACGACGCCGACUCGGCAAUGUCGGACGAACCGUCGUCAUCCACGAAGCCCACCCUGCGACGCAAGUCUGCCCCCGGCGCCAUGGAGGACGACGCACACUCCUCGCAGACGUCUCUCGGCGACAACACUUCGCCCUCAAGCACCGACAUCACCCACUCGCUCGACGACUCGGCCAUCGUCUCCGGCGAGCAAGUUCCAGUCCCGGGCUUCACGAAACUCAUGUACGUCGACCAGAUCCAAGACGACGGCAUCGACUCGCUCUCCAAGUCGAUCGAGUCCUGUCUCGCGUUCCUCGACGACGGCUUCCGCGCCGGCGAACCCACGCUCGUGCACUGCCGCGUCGGCGUCUCGCGCUCGGCCACGAUCUGCAUCGCCGAAGCCAUGCGCCGGCGACGAAUGUCCCUCCCGCGCGCGUACCUCUUUGUCCGCGCGCGGAGACUGAACGUCAUCAUCCAGCCGAAUCUGAGGUUCAUGUACGAGCUCAUGAAGUGGGAGGAAGAAGAGGAGGCGGCUAGACUUGGCGGCACCGGCAGGCAUAGACGAGAGAUGGAGUGGCCUGUCUUGUGCCGCGAGAUCGCGGCGAUGAAUAAAGCAUAUAUAGGAUGAAUUGUUUUUGUUUGUUUUGUGUUUGUGUUUG